UUGUCAAAGCACAUGAAAAUAUGCCACCAAGGCAAAUUCACAUCUUCCGUCUUUCAUGCCCCAUUAUUGUAACUGCCACAGUCACAGGGAAACAACAAAGAGCUACUCUGGUUUUUUAACUCCUACACAGUUUCUAACAUCUGCUCAAGAGAUGGAGGUAAUCUAAUCUGACUCAAGAAAAGUAAGUAGGCAUGAAUGAGACAGCCAUUGAGAAUUUUGUCUGUGUCAUUUUUAAUGUUUCCUUCAUGAACUGCACUUGGCAUGUGGACAGGACUGCUACAGGAGAUACCCAGUAUUUUCUGUACUGGAAGACCUCAGGGAAAGAAGAUUUCACAGAAUGCCAGAAUUACAUCAAAGAUGAUUUUGAAAGGCACAGAGGAUGUAGAUUCCAAAAUGUGAUGAUAGAAAAUAAGAGAGCUUAUUUCCUGGUAAAUGGGUCUAGAAGUGGACGAAACAUUCAGUCAUAUGAGAAGAAGAUUAAACUGUACACAAUCGAAAAACUCACUCCUCCACUAAAUGUCACUGUGAACUGUACAGAAGCUUCUCAUCGUUGUGAAAUUCAAUGGCAACCACCUCGCACAAGUCAUGUGAAAAGACAUGCUUGUUUCAAAUAUGAAAUUGUCAUUGAAAACAAGGCUGAUCUUGAGAAAAACAUCAAAACCACAUCUAAACCAGAAAGAAGCAUCACAGGAAACUCCUACAUAUUUGAGAGCUUCCGAGCAGAAAAAAGGUAUAGUGUCAAAGUCAGAGCAACUGACAAUGGAUGUUUAGUGAGCACAAGCUGGGGAGAGUGGAGUACACCCAUUGAGUUUGGAAAAGAUCAACUUACAUCUACUUCAUCAUAUACGUUAUAUAUGAUACCAGUGCUGGCAGCAAGUCUUGUACUUUUUCUCUGCACAGUAAGCACUUAUUUGAAAAAAACAUCUGCUAUCAUACCACAGCCAAGAGACCCAUUCUAUGAGAUCUCUCCAAUGGAUUUCCAGACAGAAAAUAAGAAUCAAAUAAUGCAACAUGGAACUGAAGAAAUAAUUAUUAUUGAAGAGGUGACAUAAUGACAUGCGGAUGAAAUGUUCAACUUGAAUUUUUUCAAACAUAUAUGUUUAUGGGUUUUUAAUAUUAUCUUCCUCUUGCAAGAAGAGAGAAUAGUGUU